GUUCAUCAUCAUCACAAGCGCUGGCACAGGAGCUUGCGCAUCUGCUCGUACGUGCAGGACAGGAAUGCCUUGGAUCCACUGAGACCUGCUUGCCAACGCUGACGGACAUUCGGCGCAAAGUGUGGCCGCAAGUGCAGGCAUUGACUGCUUGGACCGGUGACGCCGUUCUUCCUGGCGGUUUUGAUAGUGAACAGGUCAUCGGAGAGUCAGUCUGCUCAAGCGGGACUUCAAUGUUCUAUCGACAUGUGUGGAAGGCUGGCGGCCAUAGCCUUUUCGAGAAGCUGCAGGCGAUCAGCGAUCAUUACGAGCAGAAAAGCUAUCUAUCUUUUUGCAGGAAGUUCGUUUACGUCCCCACGUCGAAGAAGAAGACUUUCACGUUCGUCCGGCAGCCGAUCUCCAGAUUCAUUUCUGCAUAUGCUGAAAUUGAAAAAAGGGUCCGUCUGGGCCACCACGAGUACAAGGUGCUCAAUCAAUCUCUCAGCGCAUAUCCUGCUGGAAGUUCGGGGAGGGCUGCAGAGUUCUUCCGCCAGUAUCUCAAAGACGGGAUCCGCCAGGAUGGGCAUCUAAGAAGUCAGAUGGAGUUCUUCACUCCUGUUGGUGGGUGUGCGGUGCCAUACGACUUCGUUGGUAAGGUUGAAAGCAUGGAGGAAGACUGGGCGCGUUUGAUGUUGCCAAUAUGA